AUGGGUGACGCUGCCGCCGUAGUGAUCCCUCCCUUCAUACGAGCUGACCCCGCCCUUUGGUUCUUCAUGCUAGAAUCAACCUUUGCCUUAGCAGCUCCAAAGGCAAUAACAGAAGCAAAAACAAAAUACAACUACGUCGUCGCUCAUUUGCCACCUGAUACUGCGACGAUCGUGCGAGAUGUAAUCAUGAAUCCGGAUAUCACUGAUCCCUACAUGGACUUAAAGUCUAAAAUUAUAGAACGAUGUGGGGAAUCUAAAACAGAAGAAAUCAGACGUCUACUGGCUGGAGAAAAUCUAGGGGAUCGGAAACCUACAGAGCUCUUGCGAGACAUGAAACGAAGAGCGGAAAAUCAUAAAAUUGAGGACGAACUGCUUUUCGAGUUAUUUAUUCAAGCGAUGCCUCUCUCCGUCCAGAUAAUCAUUGCUUCGAUUUCCCCCUUGUCAACAGAAAAAGCUGCAGAAGUUGCUGAUAGAAUAUUAGCGAUCUCGAAUCCUGCGAUCUCGAAUCCUCUACACUUCCCUCAGUCCAUUCAUCCCAGAGGUCAACAGCCCCGCGGGACUCUCAACACCCCGUUCUCUCUCCUUCUUCAUCAGGGGAGGAUGAAAUUUCUCUCUCCCAGCUGUACAAAGAAGUGA